AUGGCCGAUAUCACGGCAGCGUUCAAUACGGCACUGAAAGCCCGUAAUGCGCCACCAGUCACAUCACAUCGUUACUCGAUCGACCGACUGGACGAGUUUCUAAAGGAAGCAUACAGCAUUGUACGUUUAGAAGCUUCAAGGGAGACAUUCGCAGAGUCUGACUCAGAUACANNGAAUGCCCGUAUAGCAGACCUCACUGCAUAUCUUCGCGCCAUCAGACCAUCCUACCUGUCCACUGCCCCAGCACCUCGACGACCGCAACGACAGAACUCUACCGACCACAAACCCGCUCAGGAUGCAACGCAAAGAAACUUGUCUGACACCGAAAGAGCCUCGAUCGAUGCCGAGGCAAAGACAGUGUUGCGACAGUUGCAUGCCGCUGUCGAACGUAUAAGCCAAACCGAGCAGAUCAGACAGGACACGGCCUCUCACAUUGCGCUGCGCAAACGUAACCAAGGCGGACUAGGUGCCAUUGGAAGAUGGGCAGCUGGCGGAGCUGUUACUGCGAAGAGUGCAGAAGAAGAGGUGGAAGAAGCCAGGCAAAAGAUGCUCAAUGCACACCGAGAGAGUAUCGUGUGGUUCCUGCAAGCCAAGCUCAGGGAGGCUGGUACUCUUCAGAGCACCAUGAUGGAGAUCAGGAUACAGCGCGAGGUCGAAAAGAGCAAGAGCGUGCUAUACAAGGCGAAGAGCAGUGCCGUCUCUCACCAAGGCUUCGAUGCUGCUUUGGAAUCCGAGAAACCAGCAACACAAGGACAGGAGAGGACAGGACCUCAAUUGAGUGAAGAACAGAUGCAACUGUUUGCACAAGAGAACCAAGACAUGAUGAAACAUUACCAGGACACAUUAGAUCAAGUCCGCACGGCUGAGCGGUCUCUUAUCGAGAUUUCAGAAUUGCAGUCAACUCUGGUCACCAACCUGACUGAACAAAACGAGCAUAUCGAGCAGCUAGUGCAGGAUUCCUUCUUCACGACAGAAAAUGUUGGAAGGGGAAAUAAGGAGCUCAAGCGGGCAAGCGAACGUCCCAGCGGUGCAAGGAUUCUAUUCCACAGCACAUGCGCAUUCUGUGCCUUCCUCGUCGUGUGGGACUUGAUAUUCUAG